UUUUGGGAGGAGAGGCGUUUCCACAAUUUAGCAAAACUUAAUGGGCAAGGCAGCAAAAAAACCAAAAUAAUGGUUCAUAAGGUAGACUCAACCCCUUACCAUAAGUCCGGUGGAGAGUCGCUUUGCUCUUUGUUUUCCCUUGUAGUUUCUUCCGUCUUUCCUUUAUGAACUUUUUGGGGACUUCAUUGCAAUAAAUUUGCCAAAAUCUACCUCCAUAACAAAAUUCACAAAUACUAAGAUCAAAAGAAAGAAAAAGUUGCUUUCUUUUCUAAACGAUUCUAAAAAAAAUGGAGUCAAAUCCAUGGAGCUUUCGAUUUUCCAAUUCAUCUUCUUCCUCUUCGUCAAGGCGUCACCAAACUCGAUCUGAUCUGUUUCUGGGAGGAGGAUAUGAAGAAGUUGAUGGAGAUGUAGAUUUCAAGGCGGAGUUUUUAUGCCCCUUUUGCGCUGAGGAUUUUGACAUUGUCGGACUUUGUUGCCACAUCGAUGAGGAACAUCCUGUUGAAGCCAAAAACGGGGUGUGCCCGGUUUGUGCAAAGAGGGUCGGAGUGGAUAUUGUUAGCCACAUUACCAUGCAACAUGGGAAUUUUCUUAAGGUGCAGCGCAAGCGGAGAUUACGCAAGGGUGGAUCCAAUUUGACAUUUUCUAUGUUGAGAAAAGAACUACGAGAAGGAAAUUUGCAGGCCCUUCUUGGGGGAUCUUCGUGCAUCGUUUCUUCCUCCAAUGUAGAACCUGAUCCAUUAUUGUCAUCAUUUAUGUUUAAUCCGCCUACAGCUGAUGAGCCUUUAAGCUUGCAGCCUCUUUGUAUUGCUGAAGCAAAUGCAAUACAGGAAAGCACAAAUAAAGAAUUUCUAGAAAGAAAGCCUCAGCAGUCACAACUGUCGGACAAGGAGCAUGAGGAGAAAGCUCGAAGGUGCGGAUUUGUCCAAGGACUGUUGAUGUCCACCAUUCUUGGCGAUAACUUAUAGGUUAAUUGGGGGGGUAUUUGUAGUGGCUAUGAUGGUAUUAAUAGUAGGGCUGAGAGUCAAGCAUAAAGAGGAAGAUCUUCAUUUUACUGCAGAAAUGGUAAUCGAACUUUGUAUUGCUAUUAGAGCUUUUGUGCAUAAUGGAAAGAUGGAAGAACUUUAUCCUCUCUAUCUAUCCUUGCUUGAUUUAUUCUAAGAUAGGAGUUAAUCGGACAGUUGCAAUGCUGAAAAUGUUUUAAGAAAGAGGAUUAUAUGUUAUCUCAUGUCAAAGAGCUGUCUUAUUCUGUAGAAAAACAAAACGAAUGGUUCUUUCUGUCUUCUUUUUGGUA